UUCUCCAAGAGGGAGAAGGCAUAACAAUGGUUGUAUUCAACAUCAUACUGUGUAUUCUUGGUAGCAUUGGAAACAUUAUGGUUUGCUUGACCAUUGUUCUAACACCCUCUUUACACACUCUCUCAAGUUACUGUAUUUUCAACCUGUCGACUGCUGAUCUUCUUGUAUCCUGCAUCGUUGAGCCGUGCUUAGUCUUCAUACUCUCAUGGAAGCUACAUGGGAUAUGUCUUGUUAAAGUGGAGUAUGCUGCUCGUUUAGUGGGAAAUCUAUCUUGUGGGAUAUCUAUAUUGACACUCUCCAUCAUGAGCAUAGAGCGAUGCUGCGCCAUAGUGAAGCCAAUGACAUACAAAUCAAUAAUAACAACUAGAAGGCUAAAAGUCAUACUGUUUGUGACGUGGUUUUUGUGUUUAAUUACUCCGAGUUUAGAUGCCUUUAUAGAWGAACCGAGAAAGCAAACUUACGUCCAGUUUACAUUAAUAUCAAUGGCGUUACUUUACGUUAUUAUCAUUGUUUCGUAUGCCUACGUAUUCAAGACGGUUAAAAAACAGUCAUUUCAACGAAGGCAACUUAGCCAUACCAUUGAUGCCUCUAAGGAAGCAGAAAAAAAAUUGUCGAAAACAGUGGCGUUUGUAAUUGGCCUCUUUACAUUAUGCUGGUCACCUUUCGCUGUGAGGAUGGUACUCAAGCCAUCAGUUAAUUAUGGUUCGGAAUACAUUUGGACGGUGACGUCGAGUCUUGCCAACUCAGUAGUCAAUCCAAUUCUAUAUUUUUACAGAAGUCAUACUUUUCGAAACGCCUUGAAGAGUAUUUUCAAGAAAAGUUCUUUCUGUAAGACAAGAACAAUUCGAAUUAGUCCUGCAGUGGCACACUUUCAAAUUACAGCAAACAUCCAGAAAUCAGCAAAGGCGUUAGCGAGUAUUGAUUUACAAGACUUUUCAACUGAUAUAUUGAGUAAUAAAUCAAAGAGUUAA